AUGGCAGAACCAUCAUUACUGUGGAGACCAGACCAGCCGGAAGUGUUACAGGUAAAGGAGCUCAUGGUAGACCGCGUUGAGGAAGUGGCUGUGUCAAGACUGCAGCUGACAGAGCUCGAUAAUAGGGAAUUCAAAACCAAUGCCAAGUUUGGUUCUGCGAGAUUCUGGGACCAGGUUAUGAAGCAGCAUCUCUACUAUGUCGUGGGUCUCGAAACAAAGAUUGCAAAGGAACGAGCGGUGACUCUUUGGAAAGAGGCGGCGGAAGCCAGGGAACGUUUCAGCUCUGAGAAAGUGCCAGACCACGAGAUGGCUAAUGUUGUCUGGAUGGAAAACUGCAAGCAUAUUGCUUUGAAAGGCACAGAGAACCUUGAAGCCGAGCGACUUAGUAUUCUGUGGGAGGUUAUGAUUCCCAGUGAGCUGCGCAAGAAGACCAUGGCCUCUGACAACUCUGUCCAUCACCUCAGUGAGGGCGACUUUUUGUCCUACCUUCCGCUACUUGGGGGAUAUACGAAAUGGGAAGAAAAAAGCCUCGCCUCUACCGGGAACUGCAUUUAA